CGGCUGGUGCUCCAGGGAAGGAGGCCCCUCAGGGUUCCCGGGACCAGGCCGGGCCUCUGUGGUGCCAGGACGGUGCCCAGGACAAGGGCAGCAGUGAGGGCCGGUUCAAGUCCCCUCUGGCUCUCAGGCUGUAUCACAGCCAGGCUCACCCUCCUGCAGCUCCUCUCCGUGGUACCUCAGCUGCCUGGCCCCAGCCUCCCUGGCCCCCCAGCACAGGACGUGGCCAUGGGCUUCUCCUCAGAGCUGUGCAGCCCGCAGGGCCACGGGGCGGUGCAGCAACUGCAGGAGGCCGAGCUGCGGCUGCUGGAGGGCAUGCGCAAGUGGAUGGCGCAGCGAGUGCGCAGUGACCGGGAGUACGCGGGGCUGCUGCACCACAUGUCCCUGCAGGACGGUGGGGGCCGGGGCCUUCCUGACAGCCCCGUCAGCCAGUCCUGGGCCGAGAUCACCAGCCAGACGGAGGGCCUAAGCCGAGUACUGAGGCAGCACGCCGAGGACUUGAACUCGGGGCCACUGAGCAAGCUGAGUGUGCUGAUCCGCGAGCGGCAGCUGAUGCGCAAGAGCUACAGCGAACAGUGGCAGCAGCUGCAGCAGGAGCUGGCCAAGACACACAGCCAGGACAUCGAGAAGCUCAAGAGCCAGUACCGUGCGCUAGCUCGCGAUAGUGCCCAGGCCAGGCGCAAGUACCAGGAGGCCAGCAAAGACAAGGACCGUGACCGGGCCAAGGACAAAUACGUGCGCAGCCUCUGGAAGCUCUUCGCCCACCACAACCGCUACGUGCUGGGCGUGCGUGCGGCACAGCUGCACCACCAGCACCACCACCAGCGCCUGCUGCCCGGCCUGCUCCAGUCCCUGCAGGACCUGCACGAGGAGAUGGCCUGCAUCCUGAAGGACAUCCUGCAGGAGUACCUGGAGAUCAGCAGCCUGGUACAGGACGAGGUGGCCUCCAUCCACCGAGAGAUGGCCUCAGCUGCUGCCCGCAUCCAGCCCGAAGCUGAGUACCACGGCUUCCUGCGGCAAUAUGGGACCGCCCCUGACGUCCCUCCCUGCGUCACCUUCGACGAGUCACUGCUGGAGGAGGGUGAGGCACUGGAGCCCGGGGAGCUGCAGCUGAAUGAGCUGACAGUGGAGAGCGUACAGCACACCCUGACCGCCGUGACGGAUGAGCUGGCCUCGGCCACCGACACAGUGGUGAGCAGGCAGGAGGCGGUCGUCCAGCUGCAGCAGGAGCUCCAGGAUGAGAAGCAGAGCACCCACCCCCGGGAGCGGGUGCAGCUGCUGGGCAAGAAGCAGGCGUUGCAGGAGGCGCUACAGGCCCUGCAGGUGGCCCUGUGCAGCCAGGCCAAGCUGCAGGCCCAGCAUGAGCUGCUGCAGGCCAAGGUGAGGCAGCUGGGCCCCGGAGAGCCCCCGCCCGUGCUGCUGCUACAGGACGACCGCCACUCCACCUCGUCCUCGGAGCCCGAGCGAGAAGGGGGAAGGACACCCACCCUGGAGAUCCUGAAGAGCCACAUCUCUGGAAUCUUCCGUCCCAGGUUCUCACUGCCCCCGCCGCUGCAGCUGGUUCCCGAAGUCCAGAAGCCCCUGCACGAGCAGCUGUGGUACCAUGGGGCCAUCCCUCGGACAGAGGUGGCCGAGCUGCUGACACACUCAGGGGAUUUCCUGGUGCGGGAGAGCCAGGGCAAGCAGGAGUCUGUGCUGUCCGUGCUGUGGGACGGCCAGCCCCGCCACUUCAUCAUCCAGUCCUCAGACAACCUGUUCCGGCUGGAAGGGGAUGGCUUCCCCAGUAUCCCCCUGCUCAUCGACCAUCUGCUGCACUCCCAGCAGCCCCUCACCAAGAAGAGCGGAGUGGUCCUCAAUAGGGCAGUGCCCAAGGACAAGUGGGUGCUGAACCAUGAGGACCUCGUGCUGGGCGAGCAGAUUGGACGGGGGAACUUCGGGGAGGUGUUCAGCGGGCGUCUUCGGGCCGACAACACCCCAGUGGCCGUGAAAUCCUGCCGGGAGACGCUUCCGCCCGAACUCAAGGCCAAGUUCCUGCAGGAAGCCAGGAUCCUCAAGCAGUAUAGCCACCCCAACAUCGUGCGUCUCAUUGGCGUGUGCACCCAAAAACAGCCCAUUUACAUCGUCAUGGAGCUGGUGCAGGGGGGCGACUUCUUGACCUACCUGCGCACGGAGGGCAGCCGCCUGCGCGUGAAGACGCUGCUGCAGCUGGUGGGGGACGCGGCAGCAGGCAUGGCCUACCUGGAGAGCAAGUGCUGCAUUCACAGGGACCUGGCUGCCCGGAACUGCCUGGUGACCGAGAAAAACGUCCUGAAGAUCAGCGACUUUGGGAUGUCCCGGGAGGAAGCAGACGGCAUCUACGCGGCCUCUGGGGGCCUGAGACAAGUCCCUGUGAAGUGGACCGCGCCCGAGGCACUCAACUAUGGCCGCUACUCGUCUGAAAGUGAUGUGUGGAGCUUUGGCAUCUUGCUCUGGGAGACCUUCAGCCUGGGGGCCUCCCCAUACCCCAACCUCAGCAACCAGCAAACCCGGGAGUUUGUGGAGAACGGGGGCCGCCUGCCCUGCCCCGAGCUGUGUCCUGAUGCUGUGUUCCGGCUCAUGGAGCAGUGCUGGGCCUACGAGUCGGGGCAGCGACCCAGCUUCAGCACCAUCUGCCAGGAGCUACACAGCAUUCGCAAGCGGCACCGGUGAGACUGGCCGAGGCCCCCGCAGGCACGACCGGGCCUCCCCCCAGCCCUGGACUUGGGCUGCAGGUCUGCCUGCACUCCACUCCCUCUCAGGCCCUCCUGCAGACAAACAAUAAAGCCACUGAUGCCCA